AUGAAAACUAUAUCAAUAUUAUAUCGAUUUAUAAUAGCAAUAUUUCUAUGGUUUUUAAAUAUAACACAAUGGUUUCAUAGAAUUGUUAUUCAAUUUAUAAGUCGAAAUCGUUAUACUAUAACGGUUAAUAUUGAUGUUAGUCGAAAUGAUCCAUGGAAUAUAAAUAAUGAUCAAAUGAAUAAAAUAAAAUUUAAUAAACCAACAGAAGUACUUGCUUUGAUUAUUAAUGAACGUAUUCCUGAUAUUGAUUUAUGGAAAUUUAUUGUUAAUUCAAUAGUCUUUUUUCAAAAAUUAAAUAUUGAACAUUUGAUUAUUUAUGAUUAUGAAGGUUAUAUUAAAGCUCGUGAAGCUUCUAUUAUGGAUUAUGUUCAUACAUAUGAUAAAAAAGAAUCAUCUCUUCCAUCAUUACCAACAAUUCAUUUCCUAUCGCUCACUGAUUGUAGUCAAACAUUAGCUAAAGUAACUCAAACUCUUUGUCAACAAGUCAAACAGAAUGAAAUAAAUCCAGAUUCUAUUCAAAUUGAAACAGUCGAUCGUUGUUAUACAAAAUUAUCAACCAUUCCAGAAAUAAAUUUAGCAUUAAUUAUUGGACCAAUUAAAAGUGCACUUGGUUUACAUCCAUGGUUAACACGAUUAACUGAAUUUAUAAUGAUCGAUUCAUAUAAACAAAUUCUUACAACAAAUUCAUAUAUUAAUAUUGUUCAACGUUACAAUCAAAUCGAACAAAGACAAGGUCGAUAA